AAUUGGUUCAUUCAAAAUUCAGUGACCAAUUCAAUGAUCAUGUCCGACCUGAUCAAAUUAAUUCAGUGAACAUCAACAAAAUCAUGACCAACUACAAUGGCUUUUUAUUGAAAAAAGCCGAGGAAGAAAAAAACUAAUCGGCUCUCAACGACUCGAACCAGGUCCGGUCCUUCCUUUCAAAAACCCGGCUCUUAGAGCCGAUUCGUUCGAGACCAAUACGUCACUACGCGCUAAUCGCAGUAAAACGAAAGGAGGAUUCACGUCUGUGUGCUGAAACGCCAUAACGUUUACAUUAUACACAUCAAAGAUGAGUAUGGACACAGAUAAUCGGAUUAUGACUUUAAAUGGCAUCUGUUGCAGAGCUGUCAGUGAACAUUUGGACGUUUUGGGGACAACAGCGGUACUUAAUCUUCCGAAAGAACUUCUAAAAGAUCUUCUUCCUCAUCUGGAUGUGUGUCAGCUGGAUGAACUUCAGCCGGGCCUCAAUCUCAAAGGAAUAUCCACAUUCUCUAAAUGGUGGAAAUUCUAUCAGCUAUUGACCAGCAGACUGAAUGCGCGCGCCACGGAGCAAGAUGUGAAAGAAGUCGUCAUGGGUCGGAUUUUGGAAAUGGUCAUCAACGAACUCUACAUACCGCCCAUUUUUGUGAAGCAUAUGAACAAUCCAAACGUCUUGUUGCCGGCAGCUAAAAGCAUCAAACAUUUUCAACUGCACUGCGAGCCCAAGACGAGGAUCGACUUGAUAGCUGGACAGACGCCUGUUCUCCAUGUUUUAGAGAAGACGGUUACUAGACUUUCACUAUGGAUCGAUAAAAGUGUGCUCAGUCAGAAGGAGAAAUCACUGAUGUACAUCAUCCACCGCCUGAUGCAACAUGGCGUCACCAAACACCUCAUUCUACGUACCGAUGAUCAUGACAUCCUGUCCAAGGUGCUGUUUGAAGGAGGAUGUCUGAGCAAACCUCACAGGGAAAACAUAUGCAAUGAAGAAGAAGAAGAAGCCCUUACAGAUGCACGCUUUCAGAUGUACCCAUACAUUCUUUGUACCCAAAACAUCCAAACAUGCACCGGGUGUCCAAACAGAUUCAUUGAACAUCUGGAACUGGAGGACUGUUCACCGAAGAUCUUGAACGAGCUGACUAAAAUCCUUCCAUCAUGUUCCCGCCUGACCGCUUUGACGUUGAGCAGCAGAUCACCCAUACCUGUUUCGGAUAUGUUGGACUUCACCAAAGCUCUUGAGCAGCUUUUUCAAUGCUCGGACGCAUCCCUCAGCCAUCUGUCCAUCGACCCAAUGUCGUGCCCGGCAUUGCCAAGCUUUUUGUUGAACGCCUACCCCAGACUGACGGAGCUCAACGUGCAAUUCGGGAACUUCUUCAUGGAGGAGCUGCCUCUUACAAAUAAUACGAGUCAACUUUCGCUGGAGCGCCUGUCAAUCAAAGUGUAUGGGCGGGUGACAUCGCCCGCCUUCCUCUUGUCCGUGUUGAGACGCUGCCCCGGCCUGGUCACGCUGCAUUUGGAAGGAGUCCACCUGCCAGCCCACUCCCAAAAGGACAUCCUCACUACACUCUCAGAGUCCAAUGGCCGCCUGACAAGUCUCCACUUGAAGAACAUGGACUUGUCCAAUUGUUUCCACCAGAUGCUCACCGUGCUGCGAGUGUGCAAGCUGGAAGAGCUGCGUCUCCACAGCUGCCAUCUCCUGGUCCAGCAGAGCAACAAAGAGGAGGCUUUACGACAGCUGGUUGACGCCCUUAAGGCGGUGCCGUGUCUGCGCAAGCUCAUGUUGCCUGAAAAUUACUUUGCUCAUGACGUCCGCGUGCUGGCAGAACUCUUCACUGGACCGACACCAAGCUCAGUGGAAUACCUUGAUCUCCGCCAUAACUUAAUUGUGCCAAGCUACAUGCUACGCUUUGCUGAGGUCUUGACGACACACCCUCCACCGCAACGUCUCACCCUUGACCUCACGUACAACCAGGGAAACAACGGAUACGAAUGGAAUGCUGUAGUGGACAAGCUCCGCCCAUUCUGUCAGCGGGUGGCCUAUGACUGGGAAUUCAGCAACAUCAUGUCCGACCUGAUUCGCUGAUGUGGGUCGCGGGGGUGCUGGAGCCUAUCCCAGCUGUCUUCGGGCGAGAGGCAAGGUACACCCUGGACUGGUCGCUAGCCACAGGGCACAUAUAGACAAACAACCAUUCACACUCACAUUCAUACCUAUGGACAAUUUGGAGUCACCAAUUAACCUAGCAUGUUUUUGGAAUGUGGAGAAAACCCACGCAUGCACGGGGAGAACAUGCAAACUCCACACAGAGAUUGCCGAGGGUGGAAUCGAACCCUGGUCCUCCUAGCUGUGAGGUCUGCGUGCUAACCACUCUUCCGCCAAUUACCUAAAAAUGUCAUCCAAUACUUCUCUACAAGAGAGGAGAAAUAUCUCAGGGAAGAACUAAAUUGAAACACUUAAAUGCAAGGACAAAAAGCCAUAGCAUUUCAGUAUGUGGAAUCAAACUAUGGAAUGGAUUGAGUAAGGACCUCAAACAAUGCACAACGAUGAGCCAAUUCAAGAAACAAUACAAGCAGUUGAUGUUUGCUAAAUACAAGGAUGAAGAGUCUUGAACCAGUCAUGAUGUGCUAUAUAUAUCACUAUAUUGACACGCACUAUGGUACACAUUAUGGCAUUGGAUGCUCAUAUCACCUCGUACUUUGGUAUGUGACAAAAAAAUGUAAUUAUAUCAGAGAGGCGGGAAGUGAACAAAUGUAACAGUUACUGAUUGUAAAAGUACCAGAUGGAGGGGUAGGAUUCAAUAAGCUUUGCUUCUUCCUACUCCUUUUGGACAUGUGGAACUGGGAACUGAUUAUGUCAUGUACUCAACUGUAACCUGAUGCAUGUUCAAAUGAAAUUAAAUCAUUACCAUUAAUUUAAAUUUAAACUAGUCUUUUAUUUCAGACAGCGCCUCUAAAUGUUCUCCCAUCAUACUUUGGCAAUGGAGAACUUUUUGACAUGAGCAGAAUUGAACAGCGGAUAACAGAUUAUGCUAUGUUUAUUCUAUGCUGACAUUAAUAUGCCAAUUGUGGUUCGUGAAUAUCUGUAAUAGCACUGCUUAUAACUGUCGUUGGGUGGGGUGGGGCCUGUCAGCAAAGCCCGCCAUUGCAAAGUGGGAACACAAAACGCAGAAUGGUGUUUUCGUCAUAUUAAAAAACCUCCCAACGAUGUAGGAAAUGGUCGUUAAAUUUGUCGCCAGCUGCUUUAGAGAAAAUAUGUCAAGGGGGGUUGGAAUGUCGCCAGGUCGAGCGACAAAAUCAUAAAGAUGGCAACACUGCAGGGGAGUACCUCGAUUGAUGUGCUCACUGCUGCUAUCCCUGUGGAGUAUCCGGGUCUUGGGGAGGACCUUGCGGGCUUCCCUACUCGAUUCCCAUCCAUGAGGUUUAAGGGGGAUGAAGAAAUGCUGUUGUUCUUCUUACACACAGCCUAAACUUAAUUAGUCGAAUUGAUCUGCUGUACUUGCCUGAAGCAUUGAUUAAACG